AUGCCGCAGCGGUACGUGGUGGUGUUGCUGACGGCAGCAUGCACCACGGUGUGUUAUAUCGAACGCGUGGGGUUCAGCGUGGCGUACUCGUUAGUAGCUAAUCGCAACCACGUGGAUCAGGCCACCAAGGGAUGGGUGCUCUCGGCGUUUUACUACGGAUACGCCCUUUCCCAGGUGGGUGACUUGCGAGUACGCCCUUUUCCAGGUAUCUCCUCAGGUGCCUGGCAGCUGUGCAACGCCACUGAGUUUUUGAGACGUCCCAGGCAGCUCUGCAGCACAACGCUAUGGCAGCCGGCGGGUCAUAACAGUGGCCUUCCUCGCCUGGACCACCCUUUCCCUCCUCACUCCCUCUCACCCCUCCUCCUCCUCCCUCCCCCCAUUCCCCUUCUAGCCGUCAGCCUCACAAUGUCGGGUAUGUAUCUGGGGGCCGGGGCGGCCAUGUCUCUCAUGCCGGCUGUAACGGCGGGGGAGGCGCCCUGGGGCGGGCCGGCAGCGGUGUUUCGGUGGUCAGCUGGGCUGGGGCUGAUGUGGGUGGUGCUUUGGGUGCGGCUGUUUUCAAAGGAUCCGCCUGGAGGAGGAGGGAUGGGACGAGGGAGCAGCGGAGGUGGUGGUGGUAGCAGCGGGGGCGAUGGGAACCCGCUGUCUCCCCGUUUGCCUGGAAGUAAGCAUGAUCUCCUACAGGAUGAUAAUGUGAAAGACAGUGCGGUUGUGAGUGGUGGAAGCAGCAGCAGCUGUAGCAACAGUAAGGCUAUUCCCUGGGGGCCAUGA